UCCCAGACAUGUCUGGAAGAAAACCCCAGUUACCGGCAGGAUCUGGUCACUGACACACGCUUCAUCCAGCUGGAGCGCAGCAAAAAACAAUCUUGAACGCAUUUCGCAACUUUCAGAAGGCAAAAAUGAGAGGCUUCAUUUUCACGGUGACCGUUUUGUGGAUGAUCUCGGCAUCCUGCGCAGAAGCCAUCCACGGACUGUACAACUUUGGCCAGCAUGAUUUAUUCCACAAAAAGAACAACUGCAAGCAGAUUCCGUCCAGCCUGCUCCUUUGUCACGACAUAGAGUACACGGAGAUGCGCCUGCCGAACCUGCUCGGGCACGAAUCCAUGAACGAAGUUCUGCAGCAAGCUUCUUCGUGGAUCCCUCUGAUCCAGAAGCAGUGUCACCCGGACACGAGGAAGUUCCUUUGUUCGCUUUUCGCUCCCGUCUGCCUGGAUGAUUUAGACGAGCCCAUCCAGCCUUGCAGGUCGCUGUGUGAGAGCGUGAAGCGCGGAUGCGCACCCGUCAUGUACGCGUUUGGCUACCCGUGGCCUGACAUGUUGAACUGCGACCGCUUCCCACUGGACAACGACCUGUGCAUACCACCUGCAAGCGUGGAAAACGUCGUGCCAGUCACUAAAGAGGUACCCAGGGUGUGUGAUGCCUGUAAAGAAACAGAAGAAAAUGACAAUGAAAUUGUUGACAACCUGUGCAAGAAUGAUUUUGCCCUGAAAAUCAAAGUGAAGGAGAUCUCAUACAUCAACGGAGACACCAAGGUAGUACCAGAGACCAAGAGCAAGACCAUUUACAUGAUGAAUGGCGUGAGCGAGCGUGACCUACGGAAGACGGUGCUGUGGUUGAGGGAUGGGCAGAAGUGCAUCUGCGAGGAGAUGAACGACAUCAACGCUGCCUACCUGGUUGUGGGCCAGAAGGUUGAUGGUCGUCUGGUUAUCACCUCACUGAAGCGCUGGCAGAAGGGCCAGCGAGAGUUUAAGAGGAUUACACGCAGCAUUCGUAAGAUCCAGUGCUAGAAACUGCGCAUCUGCGUGGGAGAUUGAGUUUAUUUACUGGCUGACUUGUGUUUGGGGCACAGAACUCAUAAAAACAGAACAUACUCGUUCAUCCACUUGAAGUAUAAUCAUUAGGAUUAUGUGAAAUUACACAUAUAACACACAUAAAUAAAAAGUAAAAGCUGAUGUUUUAUUUUUACUUUAACUGCCAUUUAGGGAAAUAAUCACUUUUCAUGUUCAUUUAGUGUUGACCUACUGCCCCUUAGUGGACAGUUUUUAAUACAGCACGUGUUUCCAUAACAAGCUUUUCUUUUUUGCACUGGGUUAGUGGUUAACGUGGAGCUGAAUAUCAAGUUACACAACUGAAUUUAUAAUAAAAUGUUUUUACAAUUACUGGUUGUAAGAAAAAGUUGAGUUAAUCAAACAGACAUCUGAGGGUUAGAGCUGGAAAUAAGUAUUUUUAGACCUGACUAACUUUAAAACACAUUAAAUUAACAAUUUAUGAAAAUUUUUGAUGAAGGAAUUUAAAGUUAAAUUGAACAAAAAAAUAGAAAAUUUCUUUAACAACGUCUUCCUGACCAAGACGUUUUAUUUUUUUGAAAUUCAGUUUGCACCAUGAACUAGAAAAGGUGUUUUUCUUGGGGCAUAUUAUGGAAAGGUGUGAUUCUUGUGUGAAAGUUGCCUGAUUUUAUUCCCUCUGUUUGCAAGUAAAAUGGAGAGAUAGCUGGCUAUAUUCUCUUUCUAUAUUCCUACUUUAAAAAUGUUUCUUCUUUCUGUCAUCAUGAUAAAACAAAUAUUUUUCUACUCCAGCUUUCAUAUUUCAGUCAAGCUUUUGUUUUAACUUGCAGCUACUUGAUGUAUUUUGAGCAUUUUUUUUAUUUUUUGUUAGAUAUAAUCUAAUUUUUGGUUGUUUAGUGUUGUGCUGAGCAGUAAAUUGCCCUAUAAGGUACUGUGUGUAAUAUAAAAUGUUGUUUAAGAAAGUGUAAAUAUCAAAUAUUGUCAUUUAAACCAAAGCGUUGACUAAUUAAAAGUUUUAAAAUGUUUAA